CUUCUUCGCUCAGACGCAGGACGACGCAGAAUGGACCGCAUCCGCGUCCUUUCUGUGAACGUUUUCCUUUUCUUCUGUGCCUGCUCGGCUUCACCGCCGAAUUUCCUGCUCCUUUUCGCAGAUGAUUUGGGUUUCGGGGACUUGGGGUGUUAUGGACACCCCAGCUCGCUCACUCCAAACCUGGACCGCCUGGCAGCGGGAGGACUCCGCUUUACAGAUUUCUACUGCACCAGCCCGGUCUGCAGCCCGUCCAGGGCGUCGUUGUUGACGGGACGGUAUCAGACCCGUUCAGGUGUCUACCCAGGAGUGUUGUACCCAGGCUCUAUUGGUGGUCUUCCUCUGAAUGAGACCACCAUUGCUGAAAUGCUGAAGCCUCUGGGCUACGCUACUGCUGCCAUGGGGAAGUGGCACUUAGGAGUUGGUGCCAAUGGGAUGUUUCUUCCAACCAAGCAGGGCUUUGACCAGUACCUGGGGAUCCCUUACUCCCAUGACAUGGGCCCCUGUCAGAACCUGACCUGUUUCCCACCAGAUGUGAAGUGUUUUGGAUUUUGUGAUGUCGGCACAGUAACUGUCCCACUAAUGCACAAUGAGGUCAUCAAGCAGCAACCGGUCAACUUCCUCGAUCUGGAGAGGGCUUACAGUGACUUUGCAACCAAUUUCAUUAUCACAUCGGCCAACAAAAGACAGCCUUUCUUCCUCUACUAUCCUUCCCACCACACCCACUACCCCCAGUAUGCAGGCCCAGGGGCAGCCGGGCGGUCUUUAAGGGGCCCAUUUGGAGAUGCUCUGUUGGAGUUGGACAACACAAUAGGAACCCUGCUUACAACCCUGGAGAAGACGGGAGUGAUCAAUAACACACUGAUCUUCUUCACCGCAGAUAACGGGCCCGAGCUGAUGCGUAUGUCCCGUGGAGGUAACGCUGGCCCUCUGAAAUGUGGAAAAGGCACCACAUAUGAGGGGGGCAUGAGAGAGCCGGCCAUCGCCUUCUGGCCAGGGACAAUCAGGCCAGGCGUGACUCAUGAGAUCGCCAGCACUUUAGAUGUCCUCCCAACCAUCGCAAGUCUGGCAGGAGCUAAACUACCCCAGGUGAUGCUGGAUGGGGUCGAUAUGACAGAAAUCCUUGUCAAACAAGGAAAGAGUAAAAGGGAGGUGAUGAUGUUCUACCCCGUAAAUCCCAGUGAGAAGUAUGGCCUGUUCGCUCUCAGGUUAGGGAAGUACAAGGCUCACUUCUACACACAAGGUGCCUCCCACAGCGCGACUACCCCAGACCAAGACUGUCCACCAUACGCAGUCCUCAAGGCUCACGACCCCCCUCUUAUUUUUGACCUGGAGGCUGACCCCUCGGAGCACUACCCUCUCUCCCUCAAGGACAGACCCGACCUCCAAGACCUGCUGGAGAGGAUCAAGAAAGUCAAGCAGCAGUUUGAAGCCUCUAUGGUGUUUGGAGAGAGCCAGAUGUCAAAAGGGACAGACCCAAACCUGGCGCCUUGCUGCAAUCCUCAAUGCAGCCCCAAACCCAGCUGCUGCCACUGUUGAUGGGACGAUGACGAUGUGGGGAAUGCUGGAGGGACUGCACUGAUUUUACCUCAAGCACAAGAUGUGAUGCUGAUUUUGUAAUUAUGUGAUGAUGCAUCGCUACUUGCUUGUGGACAGCUCCACUUUAUUUGCUAUUCAUACUGAAAGGUAAUGUAAACAAUCCGUUUCUUCAAUGGGGAGAUGAUUUUCUUAAUGUCAACACUGACUACAUUUUAACUUAUGUAUGACUACGUACUGUAUACUUCCUGACUUGUUCUAUUUGAAUAUAUGUUUUAUAGUAGGACUUUUUAUGUAAUUUCCACCUCAAUAUGCCUAAAAAUCAUAACAUUUUGGAAUAGAUUAAUGGAUCUUAAGUGAAAAUGCUUUGUACAGAUGUUAAAAAAUAGAUCCAAACAAUAAAGACGACAAUAAAGAUUUUGGACAUCAAGCAUAUAUUUUAUUCAUAAGACCAAACCCAUGACAAGGCAGAGUGAUUUUUUUGUCAUUUUUUUUUGUUUUUCCCUGGAAUUUUACAAGUCCUUGUUUUUAAAGAUACAAGAUAGGAUAUGUUUGUUCUGUCACAUACUGUUUUGCUCUAGGUAUACAGUGAAGAAUCUUGUUAAUGUAAUAAAGUCAAAAGUUUGGUUUAACUGUUAAUGUAUGUCUCAGCGGCUAUAUGGGACUAGAUCAUCCUCAGAGGUCGUUUUUGUGUAGCUGUGUGGAAAGAAGGGUUUUAACUAGGCUGUACCAAGAUAGAAAAACAGAAUCAGAAGCAAAUAGUUACAGAUCAGUGAUGGGUCACACUGUUGGAGCUCAAAGGCGAUUACUAUAAUCGGCAAGACGCAAUAAUAGUUUUCCAGUGGUGGCUGACUCAGUCACUAUUCAGCUCUAACAGCAGAUUGGUCAGUAGUCUGGUGAGUGUCACACACUAAUGAUGUCACAUCUUACAAAUGUGCCCUAAAUGUGCUGCUGAAGCCUGUCUGUAGAGAGUUAUGGAGUUGGCAGGAACCCAAAUGCCACCUGUGUGACAGAUACUGAGUUAACAUCUUGUGUGGAAACAUAGGACACGGAAAUAAAAUUAUUGCAGAUC